AUGGCGAGUCUUGGCCUUUACAUGUUGCUAAUCUUCUCUUGUCAAUACACAAGUAAAACCAGGGGGUCUGUUGUGACAGAUUCAAAACCCAGCGCCACAAAUUUCAUCCGGACCUCGUGCACGGCUACUUUCUAUCCUGUAUUAUGUUUUCAGUUGCUUUCAAUCUAUGCUGGUAAAAUCCAGCAAAAUGAGCACGAACUAGCUCGAGCUGCCCUGUCUGUGAGUCUUGCCAAAGCUCAAUCAACCACAGUGUUCGUCUCUCGGAUGCCUAAAGUGCCAGGAAUAAAGCCAAGGGAGUUUCAAGCAGUCAAGGACUGCAUUGAAAAUAUGCUCAAUACCGUCAAUCAGCUUAACCAUUCGAUGAAGGAGUUUGAUCUCAUGAAUCGGGUCAGGGUUCAGGACUUUGCGUGGCACAUGAGCAAUGUGCAGACAUGGGUUAGUGCUGCUGUCACAUAUGAAAACACCUGCAUUGAUGGCUUCUCCGGGCCUCUCUUGGAAGGAAGGGUGAAGGCGGCUGUCAAGCGAAGGGUCUUUACUGUUGUUCAGGUCACUACUAACGCUCUGGCACUGGUGAAUCAGUUCAUGGAGCGACACCAAGCUACUAUUGCUCCCAUCAAUAUUCCCUAAAAUUUGGUUUGAGAACUCAAUCAAACUCGGCCUCAAGUGUUGAAGAACAUAUAUGUAUUAUAAAGCAGAGAAAAUAAGUGUAAGAUAACAAGUGUACAGUACAUAAUAUGUAUAUGAUCGAGUGUCUGAGGAUACUUCGUAAACUGUAAUGCACUCCUCUCUUUCUUUCCUGUUCUGUAGUAGUAUACUAGUAUGUAUAUAACAGUUCAUAAGGUUUAUUUUAAUUUGCA